AUGCCGAUGAAAGAGAUAGCGGACUCGAAAUUGGAAACGGUGGAGAAAACAACGCUCAGCACUCAACUCAGAUCAGGAUUGCAUUUAGCCUAUAGGGCCCCAUCAUGUUCUGCGCAUAUGUUUGAACAGUUAAUCAAAGCAAUUGGCGAUCUGGCAUGUAGCGAUACUCAUUUCCUUUUACUCGGAGACCUGAAUCUUCCUGAUGUUUUAUGGCGUCGGGGAGGAAGUCCCAAAGCCAGCGGGCUACGCGCUUUGCGCUUUAUUGAAUUGUGUCGUAGUCUUAACCUUCAUCAAUUAGUUUUUGAAGGUACUCAUGGCUCUAACAUAUUAGAUCUCCUCCUUGUCAACAAUUUGGAAUUUGUUGUGAAUACGCAGGUUCUAGCGCCAAUCGGCAGUAGUGACCACUCAUCAAUUCAAUUCGAACUCAACAUUGGGGUUGAUCUCAAAAUCAACCAGCUUCCACAGCACUUAAUCAGGUGUAAUCGCAAAAAGAAUCUGGCAUGGAACAAGGCUAUAGCUAGCGGGGAUUCAAAUUACUGGGAUGAAUAUAAGAGGAUUAGUUCCAUUUUUGAGAGAAAGUUAAACAAAUUCCGCAGUCAAAUUGAAAAGAACGUCAUCAGUUCCAAGAAUAAGAAUGCGUUUUAUAGAUUUCUCAACUCUAGACUGAAGAAAAGCAAAGGUGUAGGUGUUUUGUUCGCCGAGGAUGGGAGAGCCGUGCGUCGAGAUAGGGAUAAAGCCGAACUUUUGGCCUACACAUUUGACAAAGUCUAUCAAAAGGAGGUUGAUCUCCCCGAUGUAGAGACUAGUCCCUCAUUUCCUGUUAUGAGCGAUUCCCAUUGGUUUCAACGAGAAGAAAUAUACAAGUUGCUGGCU